AUGUAUGGCAGCCACAUGCCUCCUGAUGGAAGGCGAAAGGAAGGCCACACAUCACUUGUGAUGGUGCUGAUGAAGAUGCGUGAUCCCUGGAACAAGCAGCAAAAUCCAUGGGAGAGAACGUUUUACACAGUUAACUGGGUUAAUAUCUACCAAAGUGUCAAAGCCAAAGCCAAAGAAAGACCUAAGAACUCACCUUCACCAACUGCACCUCCUGGGCUCGGUCCCCGCCCUCCUCCCCUUCUCCCGCCGCUGCUGCGGCUGCUGCGUGGCCCCAGCACGCCCCCCGGUGGCCACCACGGGCAUGGACGAUCGGAAUCACCACCUCUGGCCUCUCUGGCUACCUGUCAGCUCCCCACAACAGAACUAAAAGCCUUGCUGGGUUCUGUUACAGAAAAGCAUCGUGAAGAAGAGGAUGAAGUUGAUGCCUUUCUCCUUUCAGCGUCCAAGAUCCUAAAUUCCUCCGAGGGGGUACAGGACAGUGGUGGCAGCGAACCAGAAUAUGGCUGUAUAUCAGAAUCAGAAAAUCAUAUCCAACCACAAUCAGCCCUGAAAGUCCUUCAACAUCAACUGGAAUCGUUCCAGGCUUUACGAAUGCAGACUUUGCAAAAUGUUACCAUGGUACAGUCUGAAAUCAGUGAAAUAUUGAACAAAAGCAUUGUUGAAGUAGAAAGCCCACAAUUCAAUUCAGAAAAAACUCUAGUAUUCAGCCCAUUUACUGAGAAGGAUUUGCCUCUAGAGAAGCAAGAAAAAUCCCUUCCUGUGGAGAAUAUUCAUCAUUUUGAAGAUUCCAAAGCUCUUCAUUCAAUGGAAGAAAAAUUUAGUAGCAAUAAUGUUAAUGGUCUCUCUCAAAGUGUAACUAGUCCAUGCCAGAUACAUUUCAAGGACAUAUUAACACCUGAGAACUUGAGAACGUCAACAGAUAAUUCUGCUUCAAGUAUAACUAUAAGUUCUUCAGAAAAGUCAGAUACAUUGAAGAAUUAUAGUAAGAUACAUAGUUUUCUACCUACCAUACCUCAAAAUAUGAUAUCACAAUCUGGCACAGACCUUCUUGAAAAAUCCAAAGUUGCUGAACAAUUUCUGAAGCAUGGAUUCUGUGAGAAUUUAGAUGAUAUUUGCUUCUCCAUUCAACAUAUGAAGGAAGAGCUUCAGAAGUCUCAGGAGAGGGAACUGGCACUGACAAAUGAACUUCAAAGCUUAAAAACAGACACAAAUAUGUACACUAAUGGCAAAUUCAACCUAUCCCCCAUUCAGAAGGAACAGAUGAACUUUGUUAAGGAAGGAAACAUAGACACUAACUUAAAUGAAGAUCUGAAAUUAAAGAGAAUUUCAGAAUUAGAGGCAUUAGUCAAUAAAUUGCUCCCACUCAGGGACACAGUGUCAAAAUUCCAUGUGAGUUUUUGCAGGAAAUGUAGAAAGCUAUCUAAGAGUGAGAUGCACUGGGGAAGAAGGAAUGAGAAAAACAAAGACAUUCCUCUCACUAGCAAGAAUAUCACAGAUUUAAAAUUCCACGCAAGAUUUCCAAAACAUACACUGUCAUUUCUUGACCAAAGAAAACAUGAAGUGAAAGACUUAGAGAGGCAGCCAUUUGUAGUAACCCCAGGACCCACGCUAUUUGAAAAUGAGAGGACCUCCAGUGUCAAUUCUGUUGCUGAGUGCGUUGCCAAAAUUCAAUACUUACAGAAUUACCUAAAAGAUUCCAUGCAUGUACAGAGAAAAGUCACAGAACUGGAGAAUGAAAAUCGAAACCUUAAGACCAAAAUGAAGCCUCUUAUCUAUACCACACAAUCUUUGAUACAGAAGAUUGAAAUCUAUGAAAAACAACUCACCAAUCUGGUUGAGGAAAAGAAUGCUAUUCAUUCCAGGUUACUUAAAGAAGAAGAAGACAGCAAAGAAUGCCUUAAAGAAUUUAAGAAGCUAAUUAGUAAGUACAAUGUUCUCCAAAGCCAAAAUAAAAUUCUAGAGGAAAAAAACUGCCAACUCUCUUUGGAGAAGCAGCAAAUGUUAGACGCAUUAGAACAGCUCAAAAGUAAAGAUCAUAAAACGCAAAAUGACAUGGCCCUUGUUCAUAAUGAAAACAAUCGAAUGAGCAUUGAAAUGGAAGCAAUGAAAACCAACAUUCUCCUGGUACAAGAUGAAAAGGAUGUGUUGGAGAAAAAUGCCUACCAUCUGCUGAAGGACAAAACCUCACUUGAAAAUGAACUGAAAGAAAACCAGCUGGAGAUGAUGCAGCUGAAGGAAAAAGAAAAACUUGCCAAAACAGAGCAAGAGACACUUCUUCAAAUGCUAGAAACACUAAAGCAUGAAAAACUGAAUCUUGAAACAGCGCUAGAAGACUCCACUGCUGCUAGGCAACGGAUGGAACGAGAAAUUGAGAAUGUUCAAACCUAUCAAUCCACAGCAGAAGAGAAUUUCCUGAAAGAAAUAAAGAAUGCAAAAGCAGAAGCAAGUAUUUACAAAAACAGCUUGUCAGAAAUGAGCAAGGAAUGUGAAAUGUUAUCCAAAAUGGUGAGAGAAAUUAAGACAGACAAUCAAAUUCUGAAAGGAGAACUAAAGAAACAUACUCAAGAAAACACAAAGUUUGAAAACAGCAUCAGCCGACUGACUGAAGACAAACUACUUUUAGAAAACUAUGUAAGAAGCAUAGAAAAUGAAAGGGACACCUUGGAAUUUGAGAUGCGGAAUCUGCAGCGAGACUACUUGAAUUUGAGUGACAAAAUAUGUAGUCAGCAUAAUGACCUAUCGAAAAUGACUUAUGCUUCGAGAAGAGAGAAAUUCCAUUUUGAUAACUAUGAAGAAACUUCUGGACCCAGGAGCAGACCUUUAGCUCCAGAUUUAAAAGGAAUUCCAAGUAAGCUAUAUCAAUUGCUUCCACCAAAGAUAUGUAAAUAA